ACGAGUGAUCGAUGUGGAGUCAGUCAGCCUGCGACAGAAAAACAAGCGAGGAUAGGUCGGGCAGUACACGACCAGUCUAUGUUUUAAAAGAAAGAAAUAUUGUGAAACCCAAGGAUAGGUGGAUUUAAACGUCAUUUCUGCCGCUUUUACGCGGGCUUAGUUACUUAUUGUUUGGUACACGGGGUCUCGUUUUGGCGUGCUGAGUGUGUCGCCGCUUGCCCAUUCUCACUGGAGUGAACACUAAGGGGGACUCCAUGAAAGAUGACAGAGGAGGUGAUUGUUGUAGCCAAGUGGGACUACACAGCCCAGCAGGACCAGGAACUUGACAUCCGUAAAAACGAGCGUCUCUACCUCUUGGACGACUCAAAGACCUGGUGGCGUGUCCGCAAUGCCGGCAACCAAACGGGGUACGUGCCGUCGAACUAUGUCGAGCGCAAGAACAGCCUGAAGAAAGGCUCACUGGUGAAGAACAUCAAAGACACGCUGGGUUUGGGAAAAACUAAGAGGAAGACAAGUGCCCGUGAUACUUCCCCAACACCAAGCUCAGACACAGAGUACCCCUCCAAUGGCAGCGGGGGUGGCGUGGUGGGAGGAGGAGGAGCUGCUGAAAGAAUCUACGACCUCAACGUCCCCGCUGUGGUCAAGUUUGCCUACACAGCAGAGAGGGAUGACGAGCUGACCCUGGUCAAAGGCUCCAGGGUCGUCGUGAUGGAGAAGUGUAGUGACGGCUGGUGGCGGGGCAGUCAGGCGGGCCGCGUGGGCUGGUUUCCCUCCAAUUAUGUCCAGGAGGAGCUCGAAGGGGUGGAUGACAGAGGGGAGGGAGACUCCUCACAGGGCUACCAUGGAGGCUCCCAGGGUACUUUGUUGGCCAAUGGGCGUGCAGGCGUCCGUGAUGAAGUGCUCCACUUGGUUCAAACACUCUACCCCUUCAGCUCUGUGACAGAUGAGGAGCUGAACUUUGAAAAGGGAGAGGUCAUGAAGGUGUUGGAGAAGCCUGAGAACGACCCGGAGUGGUGGAGGUGUAAGAACUCACGUGGCAUGGUGGGCCUGGUACCUAAAAACUAUGUGACGGUGCUGGACGAGCGGCCGGGCCUGUCCUUCGCCACGCAGAGCUCCCCGCAGAACCGCUCUGUGGCACCGGCACGCUCAGGGAAGUUCGCUGGGAGGGAUUGGUACUACGGCAACAUCACCAGACAACAGGCCGAGUGCAUACUCAACGAGAGAGGAGAGGAGGGCGACUUCCUUAUACGGGACAGCGAGUCAUCGCCCAAUGAUUUCUCUGUGUCUCUGAAGGCAUCCGGUAAGAAUAAGCACUUUAAAGUGCAGCAGGCGGACGGGGUGUACUGUAUCGGCCAGCGCAAGUUUGGCUCCAUGGAUGAGCUGGUGGAGCACUACAAGAAAGCCCCCAUCUUCACCAGUGAGCAUGGAGAGAAGCUGUACCUGGUCAAAGCGAUGCUGUGAUUCACACAUCCUCACACCUACACUGGAGCUCACACACAAACACACACACGCACACAUAAUACUAAUGCCACUCCCUAACUGUCUUAACUCAAGCCUUAGCUCUGGACCCUCUUGCUGUGGCAUCUGUGCUACAUCCAGAUCCUCAGUCACUCCUCCAAGUUUGUAAGUCUGUCGCCCUCCAGUGGUGAUGGGGUAACACAACCCAGUAGUUAACCCCAAGAUGGUGAGCACUGUGCAAGAAAUACUCAACUACAUCCUUCAUGUAUAGCCCAGUGCAUAAUAAGCCUCUGUCUCUUGGAUGUGCUGCUAACGGAACGCCUGAGGCCUUGUUUGGGGGUUGAGCUCUCCUUCUGAUGUCAUACUUAAUGUCCAUUUACUACCACGAAAUUUGUAGGUUACACCAUUGCUCUUAAUCCACACAUGAGGACAGACGUUUAACAGUUCAAAGAAGGACUCGAACAUCUGAGGGACCUUACUUUGGUGUUUUCCUGUCAAUUUGCUUGCCAUAGUUUUAGUUUGUUCAUUUAUUUUUAAAAGAAAUGCUUGUUCCUGAGUUAACGUUUUGUUUUUUUAAAGCAAAUUUAAAUUCCUCUCUGGAGGUUUGAAUCAUUGCAUCUUUCAUACAGUGACUUCACAAAGUGACCAGAAUCACUCUCUUGCCUUUUUUCUCCUAAUUUUCAUCAUUCCUCUACAUGAUUUGUCUUCUUCCUUGUCUGCACAGACUCAGUCAUAGUGAUGUUAUUGAAAAUCUGGAUACAUACUUCCUGUAAUCUUUCUAGAAGGCAGUGGGGGAGCAUUAAUGCAAUAGGGGAGACCUCCGAUUUCCUGUAGAGUUUGAAUGUUUAUCAACGUAACCAAAUGUGCCACCCUGUACCCAUACUACUGGCUCCAGGUCUGCACUGCACUCACUAUACUUUGAUUUGUAGCUCUGUGCUCAUGCUUUAUAUGCAUCACACUGAACAUGUUCCACUUCUGUUCUCCAGUAUGUAUCUGUUGCCACGUGAGGAUACUGACUGAAGAAUAAUAAAAACCUUUUUAUUAACA